CACCAAUCAAUUCAACCACUACUCCGUUGCUCUCAAAGGAGAGGGGACGCGCUUCUGAACCUGAGGCAACAAGGUCCAAAGGAGCAACACUUGAGUGCGUCUUUCUCUCAACAGGGAAGAAAUCCGCUCAACUUUCCUCCAAGUGAACUUUUCUCGUGUUGAAGAUGUUCAACGAAGAUGCUUUAUACUUAGACCGCUCCUGCCUACGCGAAGCCGCUUCCUCAUAGACUUAACAUCGCUUUUUUUUUUUCCUCCUUUCCGUGCUGACCAAGACCUAACCCGAUUUGCAGCUGGUGAGAAUAUGUGCGAGAGGCGAUCGUCGGAGGGCAUGGGCUGUCUUUGGUCCCCCAAGGAGAAGCAGCGUGGAUUUAACACGAAUUAAUGUGGAAUUUAUCGGAGCCCAAAGGUGGAACGACGACCGGACACAGCGCUUCCUCGUCAGGGACUGACUGAUCAUGGUCGCCGUGGUCCGCUCUCUCAUGGUACUGCUGCUCGCUCAGGUGUUGCUGGAAGGUGCUACGGGACUUAUCCCCGAGGUCGGCCGGAGGAAGUACAGCGAAUCCGGGAAGCAGACCCCACAGCAGUCGGAGAGCUUCCUCAACGAGUUUGAGCUCCGGCUUCUAAAUAUGUUUGGACUGAGGCGCAGGCCGACCCCGAGCAAGCAAGCAGUGGUGCCGCAGUACAUGGUGGACCUUUACCGCAUGCACUCUGCUAACGGAGACCACAGCACUAAACGGCCCAAGAGCAUGGGGAAGCACGCAGAGAGAGCCGCCAGCAGGGCCAACACGAUUAGAAGCUUUCACCAUGAAGAGUCUUUGGAGGCCUUGGCCAGGCUGAAAGGUACAACAACCCAGCAGUUCCACUUUAACCUCACCUCCAUCCCUGACGAGGAGCUCAUCACGUCUGCAGAGCUUCGAAUCUACAGGGACCAGGUCAUGGGAGCUGCAAACCCCCAAAACAGCAGCAGCAGUAAAUAUGCUCCUGCUGGUGGCAUCCAUCGCAUUAACAUUUAUGAGAUAUUUGGAAAUCCUGCCACUCAUGGUAAGGAACCUUUGGCACGUCUGCUGGACACUCGGCUAGUGCAGGACUCUUUGAGCCGCUGGGAGAGCUUUGACGUCACUGCUGUGUCUAAGUGGACCUCUGGGCAAGGACACAACCAUGGCUUCAUGGUGGAGGUGCUUCAUCCUGAGGAAGGGGAGAGGGAUGGGGAGCAUGCUCACAGACGUAGUAAACACAUCAGAGUUAGCCGGUCCCUGCAUGAGGACCAGGACUCGUGGCCUCAGGCUCGGCCUUUGCUGGUGACAUAUGGACAUGAUGGCCGCGGGGACUCCGUACUCCACACACGAGAAAAACGGCAGGUGGCACUCCGCAAACAACGCAGGAAGCACCAGCACAAGGCCAGCUGCAAGAGGCAUGCCCUAUAUGUGGACUUUAGUGAUGUGGGGUGGAAUGAGUGGAUAGUUGCUCCUCCUGGCUACCACGCCUUUUAUUGCCAUGGGGAAUGUCCUUUUCCCCUCGCAGAUCACCUCAAUUCUACCAAUCAUGCCAUUGUGCAAACGCUGGUCAACUCGGUCAACUCGAACAUCCCCAGAGCCUGUUGUGUGCCCACAGACCUCAGCCCCAUCUCCCUGCUCUACCUGGAUGAAUACGAGAAGGUCAUCCUAAAAAAUUACCAGGAUAUGGUGGUGGAGGGAUGCGGCUGCCGGUGAGAAACUGACAGGCAAGAGAGACUGAAAGAGACAUUAGAGGUUAUACACCCAGUUUCCCAAUGAAGACGUUUAUUUAUAUAAAAGAAAGACAAAACUAUAUAUGAAUAUAUUUAUGUCUACAUAAAGUUGGGAAAAUAAAUAUAUUAAUCAGAGGAAUAUUCCUUUUACUGGUUUUGAAAAUGUAUUUCUGAUGUACAUUUCCAAAUGGGUGCAAUACCACAUGAAGUAUAAUGCUCAGAUUUUUAUUUUGUAUUUAUUUCUAUU